AUGAGUGUUCCGAGUGAGGAGAAUAAAAACAGUAUGAUCGAACAACUACGACAACGAAGUGCAAACGCAAAUGCGAUCACUCAAACAGAUCAAAGUCCAGAGGAUACUGGACUUACUAGUGAUGAAGUGUCGCCUCAUUCUCAUAGCCCCGAGAGUUUUAAAAACGACAACAACAAAUCUCAAAAUGAAAAGGUCGAGAAAACAGAGAAAAUUGAAAAGGAAGAAAAAGAAGAGAAAGAAGAGAAAGAAGAGAAAGAAGAGAAAGAAGAGAAAGAAGAGCCUCAAAAGGAUUCAAAAGACACUCCAACCGAAUCAAAAGGUGAUGAAAAAAAUGAUCAUUCCUUUGAGUGUAUGAUAUGUAUGGACACAGCUCAAAACGCGGUGGUGACACAAUGUGGUCAUAUGUUUUGUUGGGAGUGUUUACGUGAAUGGUUAGACCGACAGCAGACUUGUCCGAUAUGCAAAUCCCGUGUGACAGAAGACACUGUCAUCCCAAUAUACAAUUCGUCAUCAAAUGUCGACCCACGCACUCUCCCACGUCCACAAGGCCAUUACACUCCUCCUCCACAACAACCAAACUUCCCCUUCUUUGGUCUUCCUUUUAAUGGCGCUUCUGUAGCUUCCUUUUCAUUUGGAUUUGGGAUGCCGGGAUUCUUCAUGUCAUACGGAAAUAAUAAUAACACACCCCAACAACAAGAAUUAACUCCAGAACAACGACAACAAAGGGAACUCCAGAAAUAUAUCAUUAUAGCGUUUAUACUCAUGCCAUUCUUCAUUAGGUUAAUCGCUUUCAUCUUUUAUUGA